AUGUUAAUUGCCAAUUACUUGUUGACGUGUGGAAUUUUACAGGCCAACGCAGCAUCAGGUAUGGCUGUCCACGAUGACUGCAAGUUAAAGUUUUUGGAGCUCAAGGCGAAGAGGACAUAUCGUUAUAUCAUUUAUAAGAUCGAGGAGAAGCAGAAGCAAGUUGUUGUGGAGAAGCUGGGUGAGCCAGCAAAUGGUUAUGAAGAUUUCACUGCCAGUCUUCCAGCUGAUGAGUGUCGAUAUGCUGUUUAUGAUUUUGAUUUUGUCACCGAAGAGAAUUGCCAGAAGAGCAGAAUUUUCUUCAUUGCUUGGUCCCCUGAUACAUCUAGGGUUAGGAGCAAGAUGAUUUAUGCCAGCUCCAAAGAUAGAUUCAAGAGGGAGCUUGAUGGGAUUCAGGUUGAGCUGCAGGCAACUGAUCCUACUGAGAUGGGUCUUGAUGUGUUCAAAAGCCGGGUCAAUUAA